CCGGAUCGGAAUCCCGGCCUCGUUCUAGAAGGGCAUGUUUACCACUUUUAUCGGUUUAAUUGAUAUUCAAUCAUGGUGGGAGGUACCCUGCAUCGCACACUUUUGUUCGCUGUUCAGUACCACCUUUGAGCUACCGGUGUUUGACAUCGAGGACCUCGAAGAGGCACUGCUUACAGAUACCGAUGCCGAGGGACAAGUAGAACCAAAAGUGUAUAUCGCGCGCUUACUCCCAGAUCUGAUUGUAGCGCUACUAAAGGGAUGUGACACACUUGCUCCGAUCGUAGCGCACAUCAGCCCGAGCAAUUAUCAGAUGUUCCUGAGGCGCUUAUUUAGACAAAAAUGCCAGGAACAUAGAGUUGAAAAUCCGUUCAAUACCGAUACGGAUUUCGAGAAGUUGCCGCUCCGCACUAAGAUCCUGAUUUUGAAAUAUUUGUGCGAAUUCCGGCUUGAUUCCGAUGAUGUGGCUUCGUUUUCUCUGUACGAACCCGACAGUAUUCGCUUAGAACCGCUUGGAUACGAUCGUAACGGGUCAUCCUAUUGGCAUUUUUUCGGUACACGGCUAUACCGGGAAGACUACGUCCACGGGAAACAUAAAUCUGGAAGUACGAAGCCAACCGUCUGGCAGGUAAUCUGCUUCUCGGAAGAAGAUUGGCGCAAUCUCGCACACAAGUUUGAAAACUCCACAGACCGUAAGGAACGAGCCCUACACGCACUAUUGGUGGAAAACUUUUUGCCAUACAUUCCGAAGCUGUUUCGCGACAAGGAAAGAGUGCGAAGAGUUAAGCUUUUAGAGCGGAAAACCUCAUCAAGGCUAAGACUCAAACGUGAAGAAAGAAUCCUUCGUCAACAGCAACAAGUACAACAAACCAAACGCGAAAGUGAACAACCCGGCCCGUCGGAAGUACCAGAGGAAGAAAAUCCUUCUAGGGGUCAACAGCUUGCCGAAGCACGCGCUAAGCGGGCCGAACGACGAUCACGAUCCAAUUCCGUCACAAGUAUAGUUACGACACAUGCUAGCUCAUCAGAGCCACCUCUGACGCCUGAUUUUAUUUUUCAGCCAAAAGAAAACGCAUUCCGUAAAGAACUUUCUACAUACCCUUACCUUCACACUACUAAUUUGAGAGGUUCCACUUCUCCGUCAGUAGGUUCGCUCUUGCUAAAACAGGGCGAAGAGGAAGAAGACCACUUACAAGAUACUAUUAGCGGCAGCGGCAGCGGUCCUGCCAGAGAAACGAACCGUUCACCGUCCUGCGUCAGCCGUGAAUCUGUUGAUUCUGCAAGUAGUUAUCGAAACAGCACUGGCAGCAGCAGCACCUUUGUGUCAGGAGAAAGCACGGUGCAUGUACAAAGCCUGAGUGAUUCUUUUUUCAUCGCAAAACGCCACGACACCGACGACGAUAGUGAGAGCUUGGAUAACGUUGAAGCUGAGAAUAACAUCAACACUAAUAACACUAUUGACCACUGGCGAACUGCGGCAGAAUCGCUUCUAGAGAUCAAAUCCCCAAACGCAGACAAACCACAACCAAUUGACUCGAACAAAAAACAUCAGAACCAAGGGCGGCGCGUAUGCUCUACCGAAUUGGAAAGUCUUCUUCGUUCGAACCAUAAUAUGGCACCAACAGCGACGAAACUGCCCGGACGGCAGACCAAUAACUCCCUUUCGUCUGUAACUGGACCCGUGAUACUUCCAUUUGCCGACGGUGGUAUGCAGAAGGGUAGUUCAGCGGGCAGCAGCAAUCAUAAUAACAACAACGGAUCGACACCGGGUAAUGGGAAAAGUGGAAUAGAAUCGGCAACAAACAACGGCGGACGGAAAGGCAAGAAAGGAGCAAAAUCGGCACAGCCUUUGGUAUCGUUGGCGGUACCCACAAUCUGCAGUUUUACCAAAACGACCUCAUCCGCUUUCAUAUCGUCGUCUCUUAGCUUCACCGAAACGGAUGAGGUACUGCAGAUCGGCAUGCAUAAGGUGCUGGAAAGCAUAAAAAACCACGACGAUGCCUGGCCAUUUAUGGAUCCAGUCGAUGAGGAUAUCGCUCCACGAUACUACUCCAUCAUUCGAAGGCCGAUGGAUCUACAGAAGAUGGAGGAAAAGCUUGACAAUGGAGAGUACGCCAUGUUUGGAGAUUUCCAGUACGAUUUUAAACUGAUCGUCAACAAUUGCCGACUUUACAACGGGCAAGCCAAUGAGUACACGGAGAUGGUAAACAAUCUUCAGCUGGCUUUUGAACGCGCCCGAAAGAAGUACUUCGAUGAGAAUUCUUCUGAUGAAGAAAUGAUGACUCUCGAGCACCCGGAUGUAAGCCGAUCUAGUGCGGUCAAGGAGAAAGUGUCAUCGUCGGUGCCCAACAAAUCUGGCGAUACGUCCAGCGGGGGUGGAAAGCCUAGUACAAAAGAAACUGGUAGUAAUGCUGCUGGCAGCGGCACCAAAGCAGAUAACACAGUGAAGGAAAAAACCAAGAAAAGUGGCAGUGCUGUGAAUGUCAAAGGAGGAAGUAGUGCAAGUGGUAGUGCUACGGAUGUCGAUCGCGGACCUCUUAACAGUGGCGAAAGCAAAAAACAAACGACGACAGACAAAGCGAAGGAUAACAAACCAAAACCAGUGAAGGGGGCAGUUCCUACAGCAUCAUCGGAUCAAAAAGAUGGGAAACAUGGUGCGGCGACAAAGAAACAGAAACCGAUCAAACAUCCGGAAAUGGCGGCAGAUCCGAAACCUGCUCCCGAGCCGCUAGAAAAUGAGAAAAGUGGAUCGAGUGGUAAUAAGAACUUGAAACGAAAGCGCAAAGAGAGGGAAAAGGCAAACAACAAAGUGAAAAGUAGAAAAGUGAAAACCGAAACAGGCGACGAUCGGGGGGGUGAUGUGGUGAUGAAGGAAGAAGUGGAUGUAAGAGCGGUGGAGAACAAAGAAGAUGAUGACUGGGGUGGCCCAGAGCGAAAACGUGCUAAAAAGGAACGGACGGAGCAUGUGACGAAAAAAGUGCAGUCCAAGUCUGUUUCAGCGGCCGAUGAGCGACACGAAGUGGUGUACCAAGAUCACAAGGAUUAUUUAGUGCCUGUUCGGAGUGAACAAUCAAAAAUAGAAGGAGAAAAAAGGUCGGCCAAGGAUGACGAGCAAGAAGAUUAUCCUGUGUACGAGAGUAAGAAGAAAGCUGCCAUCAAAGCUCUUCAGCGACAGGAAAAAGAAAAGAAGAAAUAUAGUGCAAAGGUGAAGAAGGAAGAGAAAAAAACUAAAACUACUGUCAGUAGUAAUAGUCUCAGUGGCACUGGCAAAUAUGGCAAGGGAAAGCACGAAAUUCGGUCGCCGGUGCGACGAUCACUAUCGCGAUCGCUGAGCCCUGCGCCGUUGCCUAAAAUAUCGAGAAUCAGUGUCGAGUCACCAACUGCUACAAACUCAAACUCUCCACCGUCGGUGAGUCGAUUGGGAAAGGAUAGUACGAACGACAAGAGCAAAGCGCACAGAUUGGUUACGAAAAAAACGAACAAUAGAAACGAUACAGAGUAUGAAGAAACUCAAAAACGGGAUGAGUCGAAACCGAAAAAAAGUGUGGCGCAAGCAAGAAGUGGUCCUGCCGGUAGCAAGGGGCAACAGAAAAAGGACACACGAAACAAACGAAAGGAAGGUGUUGCGAAGCCAGUCAAAACGUUCGAGAACGAGGUUGUUGUGGAUGAUAAUAAAAUCCCUGAAUCAAACAGCGAUAGCAGUGGAACUAAUGCGGAUGAUGGGAGCGACUGCGAACAGGACAAGUUCAGCAGACAACGACAGAGUACUGGCGCGAAUGCAGAAGAACUCAACGAAGAUGGCGACCGAGAGGAAUGUGGCCGAGGUAAAAAAUCGGACAAAUCUAAAAACAAAAAAAGCAAAAACAACAAAAACUCGGUAGAAAACAAUAACGAUGUUGAAGAUCACCACCAUCACCGGGGAAGUAAAAAAGGAAGAGGAAGUAAAGUGAAGGGAAAGGAGAAGAAAAUUGACAAAAAAUCUCACAAAAAAGACAAAGCUGGUCGUGGCAAGAAAAAAUCAAAACCAACGUCUAGUUACUGGCGUAACCCAGUAUCUAGCGGUGGCGAGGACGAUGAUAAGCAAGAUGAUGUGAAAACCACUGAUGGGAGCAGCUGUCGUCGACAACAGGCUGUGGCAGAAGAACAUAGCAAAAGUGCCUCAAACUGUGCUAAGCAAACAAGGGAUUUCACGCAUUACUCGAUUCAUUCGCACGACGGAUUAUCGAGAAGUGCCUCCCGGUCGCCAAGUCCGAUUGGUUCUUACUUUUCCGAUCAAUCGGAAGAUAAUGAUGACGAAAUGGAUGAUGGUUGUAGUAAAAUACCUAAGGGAUUACUUGAUCGGCCGAUCACUCCCGACAUCAAGGAUAAGUUUGAUCUCAUCAAGGAACGCCGGAACCGUGCUGCAGCUGCUGCCGCAGUCGCUGCCGCAGCCAAAGCCAAGGCCAAACAAACCAAAGUUAAAACAAAAGCCAAGGAAACUGCCACUGGCACGAGCCCGGGCAAAAAAGGCAAACAGAAAACACAAAAUCGUGGCCAACAAGAGCAACAGUUGGAUGUGGCCGUUGCGGUUUCCAUUACAGCAAGUGCCUCGGGUAGCAAACAUCCCAAAAAACGUCAUCAACAGCAACACCAACAAGACCAGGAGAACGAGAAGCCUGCGGUGGAGAUGGCGAAACAGAAGAGCAGUCCCAUUGGUAGUGCGAAGGGGAAAAAGAAACGCGACAAAUCCAUCGAACAGUCGGCUUACGGAACACUGGACACUUCAUCUUCGUGGAACAAAGCGCAUGAGAAGAAGCGUCCGACGGAUUCGAAAAAAGUCGACCGAAGCAUCGAGUAUGAGUUCGUCGACGAAGCUGCAUACGAUCCCGUCAGUCCUUCGAUAGUGCCCGGUAAGCCGGACCCCGACAGACGUACGUCACACGCUUCCGCCGGAGUGAAGGCGAAAGCAGCACAUAAGAGACCACUGGCAGCUGGCGCAGUAUCGGUUUCACAAAAACAUGCCAAACCAAACGCGAAACCAACAGCGGCCAUGAUCACCAAAACAUCCGGAGGCGUAAGCAGUGCGUCGAAAGGUGCUAUGGUUCCAGCAGCUGCUGCUGGUGGGGCCAACAUGGAAGAAUUGGAGUUGGAAACGGAGCAAACACUGAAGGACAUCAACAAAUGGCUGGAGAACACACCACGCUUCCCAGAAUACAGUUCCGCAAGUAACUCACCAUCGCGCUACAUCAUGGACGACUUCGACAGCGUUCCAGUAAAGAUCGAGGAUACCGACUUUCGAAAACCAAUUCCACUCUCUCAGCUUCCUGCAUCAUCGGGCCCAUCGGCAGCGGUUAGUCCGUUGCGUGGAUCCAGUCCCGCGCUGGCAGCCAUGGCUGCUCCACCAACAGCAUUCUCUCCCAAAUCGAGCACCACCGGUGCAUCGGCGAAACCGAUUGGCGAGCGUGCGGGUCUCAGUGCCUCACAACAUUCUAGUGGCGCCAUCGAAACAUCUCUUAAAGACACCACCAACAGUGGGAAAGACUCCACCACGACCAACAUGAAAAGUGUGGGGUCGGCUAACCACACGAUACUUGGGCCGCCACCCAUCAUUCCAGCGCAUUCGCAGAAGAAGGAAGUAAAAGAACCGAAGCGAAAAACACUGAAGGAAAAGCUGUCGCAGCUCGGUGGUCGAAAACGUGACCUGCACCGAACGAUCGAUCGGCUGCAACCGGGCAAGACAAAGGGCAACCUGAUCGGUACAAUGCAGAAUCUCAACAAACCGGACGAUUUGUUCGCAAUCGGUGGUGGCUCCGGCGGUAACGGCGCUGCUGGUGGUGGAGGUGGAGCUAAUGGGAGCGCUGGGUCCGGGAACAGCGGUGCUUUGGGCAAGUUCAAGGAGGUUAAGAACUCGCUUAUAGUCAAGACGGACGAAUCGAAACCGAAGCUCAGUCUCGGCACCGUUCUAAACACGGAAGGGUUCGGCAUCGUGCAGCAACACAACUUCGCGGACGAUGUGAAGGAUGACGUGGAGGCGGAGGAUUUCGAAACCCGGCGCUCAGAGCGGAAGCCAGAAGAGGAAAAUACGACUGUGGACGAACCUGCGACUAAAUCAUCGCCGAUGUUUCUGUCCAAACUCAGUAAUGGAAGUGCGAACAGUGAUGUGGGAAUUCAAAAAACGACUUCUACGACUGGAAAGACUGAAGACGGCAACAAUGCCAGCAGCACGCCGGGAGACAAGGAGCAAGCCGCAAAGCUUUGUUCCGCAGACGAGGGUUCAUUCACCAAGGAGAAAGCGGCGAAGAAGGAAAAUGGUGCCACCAAACCUACAGCAGCCACAUUACCAGCGGAAGGAAAGGACGGGGUGUCCAAGGGAGCUGACAAACCUUCCGCUACCCCCAACUUAAGCGCUUGGUUCAAGGCGUUCGGUGUUCCAAAGAAACCGAAAAAAUCGGAAGACUCGGACGAACCCGGCAAGGCGUCUCCGGCUAGUGAAAAGAGUAAGGGUAACGAACAAACACCCCCCACGUCCGAAUCGUCUUUGGCACCCUCGGUACCCGGUGGCCUGGAAGGCUCAAAUUAUACGUCGCUCUCUGCACCACCGCGCCAACGAAAGGCCAGCACCGGCAGCACGGUUAGCGAACGGUCGUCAUACAGUCAGGACCCGGACAGCCCUCGGAUCGGAAUUGACGAACGGAUCGGUGGCUAUCCCGGUCCAUAUCCCAGCCCGAUUGGUGCCUCACCUAUCAUGACUUCGCCGAAGCUGGACGAGUCGCAAAAAAGUCCAUACCAUCCAAUGAACGGUGCCAUCAAGGUGGGCUUCUAUCAGGACACGACGCAGAAGAGCAGCCCGGAAAAGAGCUGCAGUCCGCGGGAUAUGCCUUCCUCAUACCCGCAGUACUCGCAGCAUCUGUACACCUCGAACACAGCCAGUGGGAACGCCACGAACAGCGGUUCGCUAUACGGUAGUUACGGUUACGGUGGCAUAAGUAGCGGAACACCUGGCCCUUCCACUUCUUCCGCAAUCACAGGAAGCACGUCCACUACGCUCGAGGAAGCAACUCGACGACAAAACAACAACAACAGUGUUAGCGGUGCGGCAACUGAUAGCUUCAAGGGCUACGGGAAGGAACUAAAGUCACCCGUCGAUUUCUACGAUCAGUACAAACAACCGGCUUCGCAGGAGUCCGAUUACAACUCUUCGAUGAGUCCGAGUACAAAUCCCAACUCUCCAUAUCACAACCCAGCGUCCUCGCCGUACCAUCAACAACCGAACUCACCCUCCUGCUAUCAACAGCAAUCGAACCAAGCGUCCUCUCCGUACAACCAACAGCAGCAACAUCAACAAUCGUUGGCGUCUCCAGCCUCGUCUGGGCCUUUGUCACCCUACAGCACGAGCUCGGUGACUCCCAACCCGCCGACGGUACCGCACAGUCCGACCAGCCAGGCAGGGCUCGGUGGACAUUCGCCGUACAACAACUCGUCUCAAGCACAUUCCCCGUAUCAUGGAGGGGCCAACAACAACCAGGCCCCACCACCACAAUCGACAUCGUCCGGAACUGUGGCCGGUGGUCCAAAGUCCAAACCGAACACACCGCUGCACCAAAGCCCCAACUCUCCGUUCUCCCAGUCGAACCAAAGCUCUCCUUACUCGCAGCAGGACCCCAACUCGCCCUAUUCGCAAGGCCAACUGUCCCCGUUCCAACCGAUGUCACCGAAACCCUCGCAACCAACGGUAGCGACGAGUGCUUCGGGCGGUCAAAGCAGCAUCAAACUGGCACCGCCCAUCAUCACACCUCAGCAGGCGGCAGCCGCGGCUGGAGUAAUACUUCCAGUUGAGGCGGUUGCUCAAAAUCUGGCCACUCCCGCGAGCGGCGGAUCGACGGCAUCCUCUUCGCAACACCAGGCAACAUCGACACCACCACAAAUCAAUCCUCACCACCAACAUCACAACCAUCAGUCCGCAUCGUCGUCGUCUCAUUGGAGUCACCAGGGUCACUACAAUCCUUACCUUCCGACCGGAAGUGGCGAUCCGGGCAGUAGUGGUAGCAGCAGCGCUAUGCUAAUGCCCCCCGCUCCUGCGCAUAUGCCGAAUGCCACAUCCUCUCAAGCGCAGCAGCCCCAGCAAGCCCACCACAAUGCCCACCAGCAUCCUUCACCUGCCCACGCACAUCAGCAGCAUCAUGACCAACAGCAACAAUCACACCCUCACACACAGCAACACCAACAUCCUCCUUUGCAAAACCAUCAUCAGCGCCAGCCGCACCACGCUCUGGCAGCCGCGGGCCAACAGCAGCACAGCCAUCUCAGCAACCUGCUGAUGGGUGGCAACAGCAAUCCGUACGCUUCCACUUACGGUCGUCCCUAUGACCUCAACUCUGCUUCGGCUGCCCCGGCUAACCUUGAGCAUCAACAUCAUCACUCUGCCCAUCACCACCAGCAGCAACACCAUCACCCGCAACAUCAACACCAGCAACAUCAGCAGCAUUCGUCGAAGGUGCCGGAAAUGAUAAAUCUUGGCUACAGUGAACCGGAAGCGACCGGCAACAACAGUAAUCAAGACGUGCCAAUGAACAUGGAAACUACCGGUGGUGCGUUAACACUGAGUGGCAAAAACAAGCAUCCGGGUGGCACAGACGGAAAGGAAAGUGCGAGCAAGCAGCCGUUACCACAGCAACAUCCCCAGCAGUCUUACGACACCCCGCUAAUAGAUUACGCUGGAGCAAUGGAUGCUUCGAUCAGCAAAUCGAAAUCAUUCGAUGUGUUUAACCGUUCGGCCCCGAUGAACUAUCCCCGAGGAUUCGGCAGCAACCAUGCUGCUGCGCCACCAAUCAACAGCGGAGCAGGCGGUGGUGUCGGUAGCAGUCCCGUCGGUUACGAUCAUCAUGGUAACAACAUAAACAAAGCACACGAACAACAUGGUGCGCCCAGUUACAACAUGCAAUCGUCGAGUACAACGGGCACCACAACGGCGCCAUCCGCUUUAGCAAGUGCGAAAGGAGCUAGCGGGGGUCAACCUUCGGAGCUUAUGCUGUCACGCUACGAUCAGCGAAGUCCUCAACAAAUCCAGUUGCACCCGCAGCAGCAGCAACAGUCGGCGAACAAUAUGGAUCUCAGUAGCAGUGGUGCCAACAGUGCCGGGAGCAGCGGCAGCAGCACGACGGGAUAUAAACCCUACAGCUCGGCAAUUUCGGGCCCGGCGGCAAAUUUAAUGGAUCCUUCGAUCCGCAAUCUCACCUCUCUUUCGUCGCUGUACAAUCCGGAUGAUCGGUUGCUGGGAGCGCCCGGUGCUGGUGCACUACCGACAGCUACGGCCGGCUACUACGACAAAAGUAUCCCACCUACGGCGCACAUGUACCCCAAGAACCUUGCUCCGACCGGAUCGUCGUCGGCAGCGGUGGCCGCUGCAACCGCCACUACGUCAACGUUGCAGCAAAUGUUUAACAGCACCAUGGCAGCGACUUCUUCAAUGGCCUACAGUCGCAGUGGCGAGCAGCAAAAUACAGCCUAUGUACCCCCUGGUUACCACCACCAGUCCCAACAACAACCCCCUCAACAGCAACAAACCAUGAACACACCGGGUAUUCCAUCGCAAAAGAUGAUCCACGGGAGCGGCGUACCUUCAUCGGAUUGCAAUCCCAACAGUGACCCGCAGCCAUCGGUGGUGCCACCACCUGCCAAGCCGAAAAGGACACGGAAGAAGAAAGAUCCUAGCCAGGAUCUGCUUGCCCAGCAACAACAGCACCAGCCGUCAUUGCAUCAACAGCAGCCGAACCAGCUACACGGACACCAACAGCAGACUGCCCAUCAGGGAUUCCAGUCUUAUAGCGGUUUGAAGCCCGGUGCCAAUCCAGUGUCCGUAGCGUCCCCGGCGAUUGGUAAUAUGGUCGGUGGUACUAGCGGCACCGGCAUGGGCGGCAGUCACCCGACGGGAAGUGCCGAGGCUUCCGCCAUUUCACUCAAGACGACCAACGUACCGGGGAGUGCCUUCAACUUUGGAACUGGGCCAUCGGGACUUGGGCUACCCGGUAGUCUGUACGGCGAUACUUCCGUGGCAAGUGCCGCGUACCUCGAUGAUGCGUAUCGCAACACACAAAAUCCUUACUAUCUUCCUCCACCGAGUCAUCGUGGUCCCCCCGUCGACGAUAAACUUGCGUCGGUAGUGAAUGCCGCCGGUACUUCGCAGGGAGUACCUGCUCCGCGUACAGUCGCGGAAGCGGCAGCCGCAGCUGCCGCUUCGGCUGCCGCAUCCGUAGUACAUCCUCCACCGCCAUCAGCCGGUUCACCGUACCACCAGUUUCUUGCGUCGCAUCACGGCUCACGACCGUACCAGUUCAUGAACCAGCUCGAUCCAAUCCACCAACAAUACCUCCAACGGCAGCAGGAUGAGCUGCGCGCCCAAAUGAUGCUCAAUCAGGGACUACUCGGGCCUCCGGGCCCCGCUCCGCCCAGCGCCUACGGUCAAGCAAGCUAUCAUCCGGCUCUCGGUAUGCACAAACCGUACGAUGCCAUGAACAGCAUGAACCGUCCGCCGUUCCUCUAACGUCAACCAGCAGUUUGAAGGAAUCCACUAAGAUCAAGGUGCGAGCUAAACUCGACGCGAAGGGUAAGUUUGCCAGAUAAUCGGAAAAAGAAUAUCAACACCUUUCCGACGCACGAUUUGCGUACGUCUCAGUUCAAGGGUCAUGAGCCGUAUAUGUUACAAACAAAAUGAAAACGAGUUUCCCAAAUUCGUUUAGUGUUGUAUGCCUUUUUAACCAACUACAAAUACUCGUCGUAUUAAGUGCAUCAUUAUGCUAGUGGUGUAGCGUCACACUUGUUCGUUUUGUUUUUUAAGCGCAAACUAAGAACACACUGUUGAUUUAAACGUAUCAGUAUACUUGUUGCGGUCUCAUGUUGAUUUUCUUUUUUUUUUGUUUUGUACUUGAUGUAGUCGAUUUGGUCAAACCUUGUUACAGAAAAGGGACCAAGGAAAAGCAAAACAUGAAUAUUUGAAGAUUGCUUUUACCGCCUUUGCUGAGGUGUUACAAACGGGUUAAUUUCAGCAACGGUGUAGCAAGGGGAUCUUUGUAUAAACAAAAGCUCCUGAUUCCAGUAUAGGAUUGAAAUCACGAAUCAUUCGCUUUGAGUUUCUCCUCAUAAACUAGAAUUGAAAGCAAGUCGUUCUGACUUUCAAUCGGUGCAUAGAUUUAAUUGUACGUAAGUGUUAGCAACUUGCAGCAGGUGUACCCCGAAAAGUGCUGUUAAUCUUUGGACGCACUUGGCGUGGAUUUGUAUAGGUUUUCCUUGGUUCGUCUUAAAAUCGAGUAAAUUAAUAUAAUUAGUGACUCACUGUUUGUAUCCUUCGUUUGCUUUGUUUGCAUUCAUCCAGAAAAGUAAAGGUUUCAGGUAUCCCGAUAAUGAACAAUGCAUUGUAUUGUAUGUACAACUGAAAAUGGAAAGCAAACCCCUCAUAGACAGGCGGAUCACAUUCCUACGUUUGGACGGAGAAUUACAAUGCCAUAUAUGCAUCGUGAACGUUUGUUAGCGUAGCAGAAUUGUUAGUUCAUGCAGUAAUAAUGAGUGCAUUGUGCAGUAAUGAAAACAAAAACAUUAUAAAAUAAUCUCACCAAAAACACAAAACAAAUAUUGCGGUAACGUUGCACAAAAUGACAAAAGCAUAGGGAAACCCGAAACUGGUAAUUUUAUAUGUAAAAUACAGCCCCUUUACGCCUUAUUUAUGACAAGAACUAUUCUUCCAGUAGCAAAGAUAUGAAACAUAGUGAACAAAAAAUGAGGAACCAGUGUAACAGAUCUUUAAAAAACCGAAAAAUCUGAAAAAAAUGGUAUAGCUAUAAUGUUUAAAUGUGGAAGAGUUGUUCAAAUUGCCCACAUGAGGUCUCUAUUUAUAUUUUAUGAUACUUAUGCGAACCGUACCUUCCUAUCGAUACGUGUGCUUAAGGGCGAAAUUAAGAGGACGAUCUGAUCUAGAGUUUAAACCAAUGAAACGGUGUGUGUAGCUUUGGUUUGUGUACAGCGCAAUACACUUCUAACAAAUACUGUAAACAAAAUAGGUUAUAGAAAACAACAGGAAUACAUUUGUAAGGCACAAAAAUUAGGACGUGAAUAGAACAAAAGUCCCCGAACGGAACUAUUCCGGCAGAGUGUCAGCGAGAGACGAGGUUCUGUGAAUCGAAAUUUUAAGCAGACACGCGCCGUGUGGUGCCGCUUAGUUUCCACUUACCUAGUUGUUCCAUUGUAAAUAAUGAAAUAUCGUAUGUCACACUCGCGGUAUUACUCGUGUACUGAAGGAUCGAAAAAUUAGGAAAGGCCUUCGUGUGUGCACGCUACGGUUGAAAAGAACAAUCGUUAACUCUUGAGUCAGAAACUCCACAUACAAAGUAGCGUAAUUUAGCAUUGAAGUGACAAAAAGUCUAAAGUACGACAAAAAAUACGGCGCAGAAACACAGUGCUUAGAAUCAUAGAACGGUCAUCAACAUAAUAUCAGUUAUGUGUUUUAAGUAAACAUUUACAUUCAUUACUUCCAAUGAUAAAGCCUCAUGCACAUCAAUAUACCCUUAUGUUCCAGAAACCGGCUGACAUUGUUUCUGGGACGAGUAGACGAGAUAAAUCAAAACUACAGGCGGAAGAGUAUUUGAACCUGCUUUCCGUACAUACUCCUUAAUUUGGCAUAAGUGUUUAUGGGCCUGUCGUGUGCACCGGUUCACGAAAACCUUUAAAAAAAACUGUCACGCAAUGAUAGUUGAGACGUUCAAGAGCAAAGCUAAGCUACAAUUAGAACUGGACGCAGUCACAACUGCGCAAUGCGCGUUGUGGUCAGUCUUUAUGUUGUCCUUAUUUUGUUUGUUGCCUGUUGUGUUCGUGUAAAUACGCUUCUGUAAAUGUGUUCUACACACUACAGAAUACUUAAAAUGCGGAGUAAAGCGAAUAACUUUUUGAAGCCAAUCGACAAUUCGUUUCAUUCAGUAAGUAAGAAAAUUUAAAAGUUUGCAUACUAAUAUUCGAGAAAAUAUAUUCGAUACGUUGAUUUUUAUGUUCACUUGUUUUUAUCAUCUUACGCCACAGAAACGGAGAACAGUGUGGAAACUGUAGUGCAAAAGCUAAAAUAA